CUGAGCCCCGGCUCACUCUCCCGGGCGGACCCUCACCUCAACCUAAACGAACUUUGCUACUUCCAUUCCACCGCCUUACCCAGCGCUACCCUACCUACUCAUACUAUUUCGUUGAUACACUAGCCACUCCAGGUAGAACUUGCGGGAAGUACGUGUAUUUUAUUUAUCUUUAUUAUCUUCCCUCGCCCGCCACUUCUACCUCCCUUCUUCUCUUCUUUUCCCCUCACGACUUCACUCCCAUUUCCCUCUUCCUCCCUCACCUAAUUCAUUGCUCGAAUUUCUUCGAGUGUGGUGCUGCCACCUGCGUUCGUUCAACGGUGUGGUUGAAGAGUCCCCUGUGAGGCUUGCUGGGAAUUUCGACUAUCGAGGGCCCUCGCCUCCUUCCUCACCCCAUCGUCCCUCGGAAACCUCCAGCUCCUCCAAUUUCCUUCGCUAUCUCCUAGAUUCUACUACAUUUUCUACGAAUCGCCAUGCCGUCCCACCAAGCCGUCGCCGGCGACCUCGCCGUGGACCCUCAGUUCGUCUCCGAGCCUGCUGAGACCAAGAAAGUCCACAUCACCGAUACCCCGAUCACAAAGAGCAACUGGUACAAGCACGUCGACUGGCUCAACUGCUUCUUCAUCCUCGGUAUACCCGCCCUGGGCUGCGUUGCCGCCUUCUGGACCCCGUUGCAGUGGAAGACCGCCCUCUGGGCAGUCAUCUACUACUUCUGGACCGGUCUUGGAAUCACCGCCGGAUACCAUCGUCUCUGGGCCCACAAGUCCUACAGCGCCCGCUUGCCAUUGCAGAUCUUCCUCGCCGCUGUUGGCGGAGGUGCCGUCGAGGGCUCCAUCCGAUGGUGGUCUCGUGGACAUCGUGCCCAUCACCGCUACACCGAUACCAACAAGGACCCCUACUCCGUUCGCAAGGGACUUCUCUACAGCCAUCUUGGAUGGAUGGUCAUGAAGCAGAACCCCAAGCGCAUCGGCCGUAGCGACAUCACCGACUUGAACGAGGACCCCGUCGUCAUCUGGCAACACAAGCACUACCUCGAGGUCGUUGCCUUCAUGGGCUUGAUCUUCCCUACUCUCGUUGCUGGCCUCCUGUGGGGAGACUUCCAGGGUGGAUUCAUCUACGCCGGUAUCCUCCGUAUCUUCUUCGUCCAGCAGGCUACCUUCUGCGUCAACUCCCUGGCCCAUUGGCUCGGAGACCAGCCCUUCGAUGACCGUAACAGCCCCAGGGAUCACGUCAUCACUGCUCUUGUCACUCUCGGUGAGGGCUACCACAACUUCCAUCACGAGUUCCCCUCCGACUACCGUAACGCCAUCGAGUGGCACCAGUACGACCCCACCAAGUGGUGCAUCUGGGUGUGGUCGAAGCUCGGCCUUGCCUACGGCUUGAAGCAGUUCCGUGCCAACGAGAUUGAGAAGGGCCGUGUCCAGCAAUUGCAGAAGAAGCUUGACCAGAAGCGCUCCCAGCUUGACUGGGGUGUUCCUCUCGAGCAGCUCCCCGUCAUUGAGUGGGAUGACUUCGUCGAGCAGUCUAACAACGGCCGUGGUCUUGUCUGUAUCGCCGGAAUCGUACACGACGUCACCGAGUUCAUCAACGAGCACCCCGGAGGCCGCGCCCUCAUCAAGAGCGGCCUCGGCAAGGAUGCCACCGCCAUGUUCAACGGAGGUGUCUACUUCCACUCCAACGCUGCUCACAACUUGCUCUCCACCAUGCGUGUCGGUCUCAUCCGCGGUGGAUGCGAGGUCGAGAUCUGGAAGCGUGCCCAGAAGGAGAACAAGGACGCCCAAUACUCAAAGGAUGAAUUUGGCAACCCAAUCAUCCGUGCUGGCAACCAGGUUACCAAGAUCCAGCAACCAAUUGUCAGCGCGAGUGCGGCAUAAGAUGUUUCCAUUAUGAUUAUUUUCAUCAGUUUUGAGCGAGUCUUUGGCGUCUGAAAAAAAUGGCAUUUCAGCCACGGUGGUGUGCUUUUCCCUCUACAAACAUUCAUUCCCGGGCGCUUUGGGUUCAAAGGCUCGGUUUUAGACGGCGUAAAUCGUAUUGUAACUCGACUUACACUCGCAGCCUAUAUAGUUAUAUGCCAGUUGAGCUCUGAAUCAAAACAAUUUGUGGAUGGGCUCAAUGCAAAAUGAUAUCCAAUAACGAAGUCACA